AUGCAGCGGGUGGGCGCAGCCGGGGGGCCCGGGCCCAUCGGCUUUCAGGGCCCUCCGAGAUCGCUGAAAAUCUCGCCGGUCAAUAUACAGGACGAGCCCGCCGAUCCCACGCAGAAAGGCAGGAGCUCGCUCUGCGUUGGUUGCGGCGGUCGAAUUCACGACCAGUGGAUCCUGAGGGUAGCGCCUAAUCUGGAAUGGCACGCGGCGUGUUUAAAGUGUGCCGAGUGUCAACAGUUUCUGGACGAGAAAUGCACCUGUUUCGUGCGGGACGGUAAAACUUACUGCAAGCGCGAUUACGUUAGGCUGUUCGGGACGAAGUGCGACAAGUGUAGCCAGUGCUUUAGCAAAACUGACUAUGUGAUGAGAGCGAAAACUAAGAUCUAUCAUGUGGAGUGCUUUCGUUGUUGCGCCUGCAUGAGGCGGCUCGAGACCGGCGACGAGUUCGCCCUGAGGCAGGACGGCCUCUUCUGUCGGCACGAUCACGAUGUCCUCGAAGGCGGUAAGCACUGCACCGGAGCCGCUAAUAUACCCGGAAGCGAGAACAACAAUAACGCCUCUCUGACGAACAACAAUCACCAUCUGCACCCGAACGACGGCUCGAUGUCAGAUUCCGGAUCUGAGAGCGGGUCGCACAAGGCAGGCGUCGGCGGCGUUCGCGGCUCGGGUGGCCACAAAAGUGGCGGCGGCUCCGACGGAAAGCCGACGAGGGUGCGCACGGUUCUCAACGAGAAGCAGUUGCACACCCUGAGAACCUGCUACGCCGCGAACCCCCGUCCGGACGCCCUGAUGAAGGAGCAGCUCGUCGAAAUGACGGGGCUGAGUCCGCGCGUGAUCAGGGUGUGGUUUCAGAACAAGAGGUGCAAAGACAAGAAGAAGACGAUCGCCAUGAAGCAGCAGAUGCAGGAGAAGGACGGGCGUAAAUUGGGCUUCGGCGGCAUGCAUGGCAUACCCAUGGUUGCCAGCAGCCCCGUGAGACACGAGAGCCCCAUCGGCAUGACGCCUCUGGAAGUCCAGGCCUAUCAGCCGCCGUGGAAAGCGCUUUCGGAGUUUGCGCUUCAUACGGACUUGGACCGGCUAGAUCCCAGCGCGCCGUCGUUCCACCAUUUGGUGUCCCAGAUGCACGGCUACGACUUGCACGGGGGACCACCGGCGCAAUUGGCACCCCCGCCGGGGAUGCUCGGCGGACCGAUGAGCGACGGCGGGGGUGGACCGUUACCGCCCCCGGGGCCUCAUCAUCCGGGUGGCGGCGGACCGGACAUGGGCCAGCAUCCCGACAGCACCGACAGCUACGUGACCUACGUCGAGAGUGACAGUGACUCGUUUCACCACGAUACGGGAAGUCCAUAGUGUCGUGCGAGGCAUGAACGCAAAACUACCACGCCCUCGUCGUCCUUCGCUUUCGUAGCGACCCUCGUCGUGGUGCUCGCCGUAACGGCGAGAUGCCUGCAACGGAGGAUAUGAAGCGGCCGCGCGGAAUCGGGGAGGAUACCGUGAUACACACAGAUAUAGAAAGGACAGUACGGAUACCAAAGGACCGCGGUGUCUCAUCGAUCUUUCGAUAAUCAAACGGACUCGUACCGCUCUACUACCAAAAGUGGCUCGAAAACGACAAUGGCGAAUACGCUGAGCAUGACACGAGUGGCGGAAGAAAGGAGGGUGCAAGUGGGGCAACGUCGCUGUCUUGGACGUACAUAAAUAAUGUAUUUUCGCUUCAGUUCUAAAAUAACUUCUUUGAAAUGUUACAGAGGAACGUUUACGAGAACAACAACUGUCUAAUCGUUAAGCGUAACACAAGUUUCGGGAACCUUGAACAAGUUUGAAGAACCUUAAACACAUCCUGUAUAUUGUCAGCUUAUUGAUAUAAAAACCAGAUUCUGGCCAGACCGAGCGUUAUGUUAUUUCGAUUCCCAUCAUUUUUGACUUCUAAUACACCUGACGUUUCUGCGUUUCACUGUCGUCUUGCGUUACGUUAUCACCGUGACAGUGGAAACUCGCCGCCUGUGUAAAAUUAUAAUAUCAAUUUCGCUGGGGAGAUUUGUAAACGGCUUGUACGCAUGUGUCGUUAACUGCCUGUAUAUAAGGGAAGGGGAUGCGAUUCGAUAUCCAGUGCUCUGAAGAUACACUGUACAUAGUUGCUACUCGCUGUAAAUCUAAGCAAUGUUAAAUCAUGAUGUACUCAGGCGCAAAUUGUACCGUAGAAUAUGAAUAACGGAAUAUAUGCCGGGUAUGUUACAACAUGUGGAAUACAUUCGGAGACAAAUGCAGGACCCUGAGUGACGAAAAAAAUUCGUGUAAACACAUCGACACCGAAAUCGCUUUGUUUCCAAGUUAUUUUUGUACUGUUACAGCAAUCCGUACAGCCAAGUCUAUUGAGAAGAGAUUUUGAGAGUAUCCGUUGCAAAUUUUGUCGAUAGAAUGCCAGCAGAAAUGUAAGAGAACCUGCUAACCGAAUAUAACGGCACGUUGACUGCAGAAAUCGUGCGGAAUCCACCGUUUCAUUUAAACGGCGUAUUCCAUUUAAAUGUUUACGAGAUUGAUCCCAUUCGGUUUCUACCAAAGCAGCAAAAUGGCCCCGCAAGUAAUAGUCGAGUGGAUUUAGGCACGGAGAGCGAGCAGGUCAGACAAUGGGCUCAGCACGACCAAGCCAUUUAUUAGAGAAUCGAUCAUUCAAGCAGUUUCGCGCAUUUUGAUUAAAGUGGCGGAGCGGAGAUAUAAAAAUAGCUACACACCGUGGAAACAAAGUGGUGUCGAGCAUAUAAAUUUCGGGUUUGCACGAAAUUUUUCGUUGUUUUAGGGCCCUCUCGAUUUCGCUUCUGAAGUGUGCGCCACAUAUUACAAUAUACCCUGUAUAUAUACGGAUAUACGUAGGCACACACUAAAUUUACAUUGAUUAUUCCAAGUUAUGUUAAGUUUCGUAACGGCAGAGAUGUACUCGCAAAAGACUUGCAAAUGCCAUAUAGCGUUUUAUUUAAUCGUCUCCGGCGACAAUGUUGCCGUUAUCGUUGUAGAUAUUCUGCGUUAUCUCUCAAGUUUGUAUCGAAGGCGACUUUGUAUUUGUACGACGCACGCCUUGGUUUGUUAAAGGGUGGAUUAUGCUUAGUUACCGAGGUAGCACAAGGGAGCGGUGCUCCUUCGUUUAUAUCGGAUAUAAAGAAAAUUACAUUUCGAUUAAUCGUGCAAUCGAUAUCGCCUAGCAAGGAGCGAGCCAAUUAAGGAAGAUUAAUAGAAGUUAAUUAUAUAUGUAUAAUAUAAUACA